AUGAGAAUCGAAAAAAAACUAUUAAGUUUAGGCUACUUUGCCUAUGCGCAUAUAGGCAAGCCAUCUUUAACCCCCAAACUAUUCUUUGAGAAUACUUUUAUAAAUAGGAGAAAUAUAUAUAAUAUGAAAAUGGCAAACGACUAUAAAUAUUAUAUUGUUGAUAAAAAGGAUUUGUGUGCAAAUGUAAUUAUUAUACCUAUGUAUAAUGAUAAUUAUUCUUAUAUUUUUUACAAUGAUAAAGAUGAAGGUAUUGUUGUCGAUCCAAGUGAUUAUAACAACGUUAUUAACAUUUCCGAAAAAGAAAAUAUAAAAAUAAAAAAUGUAUUAUGCACACAUAAACAUUCUGAUCAUAAUAGUGGAAAUUUUUAUUUUUACAAUAAAAAUAUAAAUGUUUAUGGUAUUAAAGAACGUAAUAAUAAAUAUAUAAAUAAAAAUAUUGAGGGUAUUCAAGAAUUUGAAAUAAAUAAUUUUAAAAUUAAAACGUAUUUAUCAAAUUUCCAUUGCAAAAAUCAUGUAUCAUAUAUAGUUGAAAAUUCUGAACAUGCAUUAAAAAAUGACGAAAAAAAAAACUUAUUUUUUACUGGCGAUUUUUUAUUUAUAGCUGGAAUGGGUAAAAAUUUUGAAGCUAAUAAUAUAGAUAUGUAUAAUUCUAUUCAUAAUAUUAAAAAAAAAAUCGAUAUAAAUAAUACUUAUAUAUUUUGUGGACAUGAAUAUACAUUAAGUAAUAUUAAAUUCGCUUUAACUGUUGAUCCAAAUAAUGAUAAAUUAAAUGAAUUUUAUCAACAAGUUUUAAAAAAUGAAAAUCGUCUACCAACAGUACCAACUUUAUUAAGUCAUGAAUAUUCAUACAAUCCCUUUUUGAGAUAUGAUAAUGAAAAUAUUAAAAAGGUUAUUGAUUUAUAUGCAAAAAAAAAUAACUAUAUAAUUGAACGAAACUCAGAUUAUUUAGUUCUUUUGAGAAUAAUGAAGGAUAACUUUAAAACAGAAUAG